AUGCACCAAUCGGAUUUGACUCCUUGCCAUUACUUUCUAUACGUGUGGGCAGAUGAAACAUACAAAACUCACCCAAGAAAGAUCGAUGAACUCGAGGUUAUAUUCACACUUCUAUCUAUCUAUCUAUCUACCUAUCUAUCUAUCUAUCUAUCUAUCUAUCUAUAUAUAUAUAUAUAUAUAUUGUUCCUCUUGGCGACAGUUGUCUUUCGAACAGAGGAAAGGGGAAUGAUUAAUUGGAUCAGUGGCGAAGGAGAAAUCGAAAUAGCUUCUUACUUCUUUCUUUCUUUUCUUUUCUUUUUCUUUUUUUUUCAUUCUUUCUUUCUUUCUUUCUUUUUUUCCGCUUUUUCUCGCGCCCCUUUCAAACCACGAUCCAUUUCUUGCACCCUUUUCAAACCACCAACCAGUUUUUGCACCCCUUUCAAACCACCAACCAGUUCUCGCACCCCUUUCAAACGACCAACCAUUUCUUGCACCCCUUUCAAACCACCAACCAGUUCUCGCACCCCUUUCAAACGACCAACCAUUUCUUGCACCCCUUUCAAACCACAACCAGUUCUCGGACCCUUUUCAAACCAGCAACCAGUUCUCGCACCCACUUCCAGAAUUGAUGAAGAACAAUAUUGA